GCGCUCUGCUCCCUCCGCUGCUCACUCUGCGGCUCAGACCUGCAGCCCUCAGAUCAAGUGUUGCUUCAAACUUUUCUCUCCGCUCUCAGGCUGAUCCAGCUGCACCACCGCGCUGGUUUUACGCGCAGCAGCUGGAGAUCCCGUCCUCCCCAGCAUGGAUGACGAGUUCCUCUCCAACCUCUCCCCGGGUCCCCCCGGAGACCCCGAGGCGUUGACCCCCAACUCCACCAUGGAGCCCGGCUGGUGGGGGGCCUCCGACGGCGGGGAGACGGUGCAUUUCGUGGUGCGCUGCGUCAUGACCUCUGUCUACAUCCUCAUCAUCACCGUGGGUCUGCUGGGGAACAUCAUGCUGGUGAAGAUCUUCAUCACCAACAGCGCCAUGCGCAGCGUGCCCAACAUCUUCAUCUCCAGCCUGGCCGCGGGCGACCUGCUCCUGCUGGUCACCUGCGUGCCCGUGGACGCGUUCCGGUACUUCUCGGAGGAGUGGGUGUUCGGCGAGGCGGCAUGCAAGCUCAUCCCCGCCAUCCAGCUCACCUCAGUCGGCGUGUCGGUGUUCACGCUCACGGUUCUCAGCGCGGACAGGUACAAGGCCAUCGUGAACCCGAUGGACAUCCAGACCUCGAGCGCCGUCUUCUGGACUUGUCUGAAAGCCGUUUCCAUCUGGCUGCUGUCCGUCCUGCUGGCCGUCCCUGAAGCCAUUUUCUCUCAAGUGAUUUCCAUGCAGGGUCACAGGGACAACAUGAACGUCACCUUCGUGAACUGCGUGCCCUACCCGCUGUCCAAUCAGAUGCAUCCCAAAAUCCACUCGGUGAUGAUCUUCCUGGUUUACUUCCUGAUCCCUAUGACCAUCAUCACAGUGUAUUACUACCACAUUGCCCAAACACUGAUCAAGAGUGCCUACAACAUGCCGGGGGAAGUCAGUGAACACACCAAGAGACAGAUGGAGACGAGGAAGCGCCUGGCGAAGAUCGUGUUGGUCUUCGUGGGCCUGUUCGCCUUGUGCUGGUUCCCCAACCACGUGCUCUACAUGUACCGCUCCUUCCACUACCACCAGAUGGACCUGUCGCUGGCCCACCUCGUCAUCACGUUGGUGGCCAGAGUCCUCAGCUUCUCCUCCUCCUGCGUCAACCCGUUCGCCCUCUACCUGCUCAGUGAGAGCUUCCGGCGGCACUUCAACAGUCAGCUGCGUUGUGGUCGAGGACCCCGUCCCGAACGCCAGCCCAGCUACAUGCACAGCACCUCUCACAUCCACCUCACCUCCAUCAAGAAGACCACGCCCACCGCCGUCAUUGUGGCUCCGGCAGCAAACGGGAACUCCUGCACUCAGGAAGUGGCUCUGUGAAGUUUCCAGGAUCCUCUGCAGAGACGAUAAUCCUGUGUGAGAGAGAGUCUGGGGAAGAAACCCAGAAAAAAACUGCUGACAUGGUCCACCAAUUGGAUGAUUCACAGCAUCAGGAUAAAUCAUGACCAUCAAAAACAACCAAAACAAGAAGUGCCUCUUUGAAACAAAAAAGAGCAGAAAUACCUUGAGAAUGUGCUACAGCUCUCCACAGAACAGCAGCGACCAACUGAGGCUGUAGAAACAGGCAUCAACACAUCCAGUCAAGCUUUGAAGACGGUUUGUCUGAACUUUUGUCUGGCAAAAAGUGCAUGCGACCACUGCAUGUCUGUGAAUGCAGUGGUUCAAAGACAUCCAAAGGCUUUGGGUCGAGCAGAUGAACCUGGAAAUAUCUGCAAACUCCUGUCAUCUUUGGAGAUAUGAAGCUCAACGGGAAGCUUUACAAUGUAAAACUGAAAAAUGAAACUGCAGGUGGCUCUGCCAUGAACAGUCACUGUUCUACAGGUAGAAAUAACAGGUGAUGCUCUGGGAAUGAAGUCAGUACCAUGAGAGUUUAGUCAUGUAUACUAACAGGCCUUUCCCUUCCUUUAAUGUCCAGAAAUUACUCACAUUUCAGGUGAAAUAUUGUAAAACAGUGAAGAUAAAUUGAUCUUUUACUGAACGUCCCUCACAGGGAAAACCAGACUUACAAUUAGAGAUUGGAAAACAUCUCAAAUUAACAACAUACUGUUUUAACAAAAUCACGUUUGCAUCACUGGCUGUCACCACAAACUCCUCCAAUAAAAUUAAAUGAGUGAAACAUUUUUAUCCACAGCUGCUUAAAGUUGAUCAAGUGUCUCAGAGCUUCUAGUUACAAAUCUACAAAUUUCUGUUUCUUUGAGGUACAAACAUGAGGCGACAGAGAAACCCAAAUCCCCAUCAAGCAAAACGGAAAAGGCUUCAUAAACAUGCCAUUCAAUUAAAAGCUUUGUGUGGCAUCUCGUCACCAUGCAGAAGGAGGAUGGAGGUACAGCAGGUAGAAAUGCUGGAGUCACAGUGUCUCCCUAGCAGCCAUCAGAUGCCAAAAAGAAACAAAAAAAGCUUAUUUCAUCCUACCAUCACAAACGUACUCAUUGUGAUGGCACACUGUUAUUCCACUGGGACCUUAACUGCAAAUGUUGCUUUUCUGGCGUCAGACUAAGAGUUUUUGGUAAAGGAUGAAUUACUUCAUGUCUCCUGAGUAAGGUAGAGGACCCGUAAUGCUGUGGGACGCCAGGACAUCAACACUAAGGUGAAAUGAUUUACUCCAGUGGCAAAAAGGAGAGGUGCAAACUGUUAACAACAAUAAUUGAUGAUUCUGUUUAAAAGUUAUUUCUUCUUGUUUCCACAAUUACAAGCAGAAUUUUGAGAAAAAAAUAUAUUUUAAUGGUUUAUAUUCAUAGUUACUAACAGAUGGUCAACAUUCAAUUAUUGAGAAAAAAAAUCUUCAUGAUGCCACAAUUAUCAGAACAUAUUGAUGAUGUUUGAGGUGGAGGUUUAAAUGACUGAAUGAUUUUGAGAUCAAAAUGAUCAAUAUGUGGGUUUGAUAAGAACACAUUAGUUUCCAUAAAACCAGCAAACAUCGUUAGUGACUGUUGAUCCGUUGGUAGAAAAGCCUCUGAAGGUUCAGGAAGAGAUGAUUUGGAAUUAAUUAACCGAAAGUGAGCUCAACACAAUCCCCGUUUUCCCUCUGCUGCCUGUAAUUAGUGUCUAAUUGCAUUACGGGAAUGAAUUUUUAUUAAAGAGCUGUGAAGUAAACGGUUUCAGGAAUCAGUCAAACUGCGUUUAAUUAAAUGGAUUGAUUUACUUCCAGGAGUCAAGUUUGAGUUUUCAGCUAAUCCUGCUGCUAAUAUGUAUUUCCAUCUGGCUGCUGUGGGUUGUGUGGUUCCUGUCCCAGCAUGCCCUGCUUCCUGUGGGGCUUUAGAGACGCAGACACACAGAGAGGAAAGUGAUGCCUUAUGGAGAGAUUCCUGCUGAUUGCAUGGACUAACAGCCCAGUGAUCAUCAUCAUCAUCAUCGCUUUGUGUUGGUGCUUCAGCCUCAACUCAGAGGUGAUGAUCUGUGCUUUAUUUUGAGAAAAAUCUCCACAAUUUGCUCUUCUUUAAGCCGUGUUCUGAUAUUUUUCCUUCUUUCAAAUGCUUGAUGUGUUUUUGUUUUAUGUAUUUGGCAUGCUUCUUGUUUUUCUGCUUUGCUCUGUAAUAAAUGUUUCUGUGCAGGAACCGUUUGGUCUCUGCUUGAUGGAAAUCGUUGAAUAAAGGUUCAGUCUGUGUGA